AUGGCGACGAGACCCGAACCCCAAGACCCGCAGCCUCCGGCGAAGACAUCAACGCCGCAGUGGUCCCUCGACAACUUCGAGAUCGGAAAGCCGCUCGGCCGAGGCAAGUUCGGCCGCGUCUACGUCGCCCGCGAAGUCAAGAGCAAGUACGUGGUGGCGCUGAAGGUGCUGCAUAAGAAGCAGAUAAACAAGUACAGAAUCCACCACCAGCUGAAGAGAGAGAUGGAGAUUCAGACCAGUCUGAGGCACCCCAACAUUCUCCGGCUCUACGGCUGGUUUCAUGACGAUGAGAGAAUUGUGUUGAUUCUGGAGUAUGCGCACGGCGGCGAGCUCUACGGGCUGCUCAGGGAGAAGAGCCAUCUCCCUGAGAAGCAGGCCGCCACGUACAUAUUGAGCCUGGCGCAGGCGCUGGCGUAUUGUCAUGAGAAGCAUGUGAUUCAUAGGGAUAUCAAGCCUGAGAAUUUGCUGCUUGAUCAUGAGGGUCGACUGAAAAUUGCCGACUUUGGAUGGUCUGUUCAGUCAAGUAGCAAGAGACGAACAAUGUGUGGAACUUUAGAUUAUUUAGCACCAGAAAUGGUGGAGAACAGAGCUCAUGAUUAUGCAGUGGAUAACUGGACUUUGGGAGUUCUCUGCUAUGAGUUUCUUUACAGCACUCCUCCUUUUGAGGCUGAAAGCCAAAGAGAUACUUUCAAAAGAAUUACAAACAUUGACCUGAACUUUCCUUCUACACCCCAAGUUUCUGCAGAAGCUAAACAUCUCAUUAGCCAGCUUUUAGUGAAGGAGUCUUCUAAAAGGCUUUCUCUUCAGAAGAUCAUGGAACACCCUUGGAUAGUGAAAAAUGCAGAUCCUUCCGGUAUAUGGAAUAACUAGCUUGUCUACCUUUGAUCUUGCUCCCCCGUAACUUUUCUGUCGAGGAUAGUAGGAAGAUUGGCUGUAUAGUGAAGGAUGUAAUGGUUGUAGUAGCUGGUGCCUGAUUUUUCACCCCAUAAAUUCGUAAAACAGUGCUGAGGUUGUGGGGAGCCGUAAUCUUGCUGAUGUGCUUCCAAGAUUCUGUAUUGCUAUGAUCUAGAGUUUCAAUGAUUAAUUUGUCAACACAGGUUCCUUUUGACCAUUAUAAGAUUAUAAAAUUACUGGUGUUGUAAGUAGUGGUGCCUGCUGUUCCUAAGCUAAGACUGAAAGAGCUUUCUUUGUGAUGAUAGAUUCAAUGCAAGUGACGAUUAUCAAUCGAACAAGGGAGUGUUUCAUUUUGCUUGUUGUCUCUUUAAUAUGAACUUUUUCUAAUUAAACAACUAACUUUUAUUGACUGAAAUGAACACUAGUAAUGCAGAUACCUUAUGCGGUGAAAACAA